AUGCCUGCGCUCAGAACAAAGGGGAAAUCGUACAGUGAUGAAAACAUUCCUGAGUUCGAAUCGGCUAGUACGCCGUCAAGAUCCACGAUUUCUGUGUCUUUACCAUCGAUAUCGAAAAAGUCAUCGUUAUCGAACAGCAAACAUCGGCGAAAUUUGGUUGACACGGAAUCGUCUUCUUACUCGCAACAACCUGUUCCUGUAUCAGGCCUUCAUUCGGGGAAUAACUCUAUGGUUUCUCACGCAAGUUCGUCGAAAAAUGCUGUCGUGAAUAGUAAUAAGAAACUGAACAUUUCAUCUGUGAACAAAAGUAAAAAUACUGCGAAAGAUCGAUUAUCAACACGUGCUAGCACACAGCCUUUUACAACGUCGUCCUCCUCUAGAAUCGGAGACACAAGUAUUAGUACACAAAAUUCGACGCCGCAUUGUAUGUCACAAGCACCACUAUCAGCAACCACAAACACAUUCAGCACACCAAAACGAAACCAUUCGAUAAACUCCUUAGUAGAAUCAACCGUUGAGUACAGAGAACUUAAACGAUUGUAUUUAACCGAGAAGAAAUUAUGCCAGGAAUGGCGAAAAGAUUACCAAAUCUUGAAACGACAAUUAGCUGAUCUACGUGCUAGUACAAUCCCACGACCAUCUACCGACGUCAUUGAAUGGAUUCAGGAAUUGUUUGAUAUAAUCAAUAAUAACGGUCUAUUCAAAGGAGAUGGAAGAUCAUUAGAAAAGAUUGCUGAAGAUCUUGGAUUGGACGAAACUGCUAUUGUACUUGUUGCUGCUCGUACUCCUCAGCGCUCUUCACUGAAACUAUUUCGAUUGUUGUAUCCAACCACUACAGCUCGAGCGAAGUGUAUAUCAAUUUCUAAACUUCCACAGUCAUUGUUGAACAAUAUAUAUCUAUACGUUCGGACGCUACACAACAAUCUGGCAUUUACAAUGAGUGAUAUGCGACGCGCUAUUGCUACUUCUAUCCGAAGUGCUAGAUGCGACAUGCGGAGAUACGAACGUUAUCGCGAUCCACAAUUGAAUUCUUCGGCGAAUGAAAACACGACCGACGACAGUAUUGAACAUCAUGAUGAUACAUGCGAAGAGAAUGAUCUUGACGGAGGAGGUGAUGUCGAUGAGGAACUUGAUCUCGACGAAGAUAAUGAUCUCGACGAAGAUAAUGAUCUCGAUGAACCAUGCGAACCGAACGAAGAAGACGACGUUGAUGACAAUGAUGAAGAAGACCGACGUACACGCAGUCUAUUCAUAGAUGAUGAAGCCUCCGAGAACGAGGAUCAAUGA